AUGACGGAGAAAGACCCGUCUCCCGGGCUCCGCCAGCCUUCCUCCCGGAUGCUCCUGGACCCAGAGUUUCGCCUUCCAGGAAACCGCCUGGACGAAGGGUCCGAUGUGGAGUCCGAGCCUGACCUCCCGCUAAAGCGGAAGCAGCGCCGCAGCCGGACCACCUUCACGGCCGAGCAGCUGGAGGAGCUGGAGAAGGCGUUCGAGAGAACCCACUACCCUGACAUCUACACCCGGGAGGAGCUGGCCCAAAGGACCAAGCUGACAGAGGCCCGCGUCCAGGUGUGGUUCAGUAACCGCAGAGCCCGGUGGCGUAAGCAGGCAGGAGCCAAUCAGCUUGCAGCAUUCAACCACCUUCUCCCGGGAGGCUUCCCGCCCACAGGCAUGCCCACGAUUCCGCCAUAUCAACUGCCGGACUCCACCUAUCCCAGUACCACCAUUUCCCAAGAUGGGGGAAGCACGGUGCACCGGCCCCAGCCCCUGCCACCAUCCACCAUGCACCAGGGUGGGCUGGCUGCUGCUGCUGCGGCCGCUGACACCAGCUCUGCCUAUGGGGCUCGCCACAGCUUCUCCAGCUACUCGGACAGCUUCAUGAACCCAGCGGCCCCCACCAACCACAUGAAUGCAGUCAGCAGUGGGCUAUCUCCCCAGGUGAUGAGUAUCCUGAGCAACCCAAGUGGGGUACCCCCCCAACCCCAGGCUGACUUCUCCAUCUCUCCACUGCAUGGGGGUCUGGACACCGCCAACUCCAUCUCGGCCAGUUGCAGCCAGCGCAGUGACUCUAUCAAGUCUGUGGACAGCCUCCCCACUUCGCAGUCCUACUGCCCCCCUACCUACAGCACCACUGGCUACAGUGUGGAUCCUGUGGCUGGCUACCAGUAUGGCCAGUAUGGACAGACUGCCGUUGACUAUCUGGCAAAGAAUGUGAGCCUGUCCACACAGCGUCGGAUGAAGUUGGGCGAGCACUCAGCUGUGCUGGGGCUCCUGCCUGUGGAAACGGGUCAAGCAUACUAA